AUGCCUACAGACCGCGAUUCAGACGACAAACGUGACAAACGCGACAGCCCCGAUAAACCCUCAGACAUGCCCAAUAACAAGGACUUGGAUAACGAGUCGGAGACAAAUCCGUUCGUUGCGUUCCGGCGCUUCGCUGAUGAACAGGUCUCUUCAGUGUUACAUUCCAUCACUGGCCUACCAUCAUCAAUGGGAUCUCCUCAAUCAGAUGGCUGGACCAUCUUCACGGACGAUAAGGAAUACAAAAACAUGGCGUAUCGUCACCGCACCGGCGACAAAUCAAACGCGAACAACACAGCCGAGCGCGACUCCACCCCCAAUCAAAGCGCCGAUCCCAACACACCAGACGGUGAACAGGACCCCCCAAGCCACAAAAGCAACAACGAGCAAAUGUCAGAACCACAACAACUAUCUGAUAUUUUUCGAAAAGACAACAUCUUCGCGCAUCCUUUACUCCGUUCCGGACCCGCGAUUCCCGAUUUUCUCAACUUAAUCCCCUUCACCCGCGUCGAAGAACACGCCUUCGAAUUCACAUCUCGUUCUCCCCCUCCCGGCAUGGAUGAGAAUGGCAUGCCAAACUGGCCUUACCCAUACGCCUCAUUGAGCCCCUACUCCCCUCUCCUACUCGAGCGCCAGCCGUACCACUUCACGCCGAAUGCCCAGGGUGUGUUCUCCUCCAUCGCGUCAUCUCUCCAACCGACGUCGGACUUGGAUAGCGACCCACCUUUGCCGCAAUGGCGCGAGGCGUUUGAGGAUCUGGUCCGUCUCGAGAAUGGCAAAUCCAUGCUCGAGCGUGAGCCCUUGCUGCUAAGCAAAAUCAGAUCGCAAAACAAUUCGGAAUGGGUAUACGGAGUAGUACAGCGUGGCAGCUUCGGCGACCGGUACACAUAUACCCCUGGCGGAACUUUACGCCAUUCCCUUCCUGGGAUUGUGGACCAUGGGCCCAAAGAUAUCAAGCGUCAAUUGCCAAUGGAUCGCGUUGCGGCGCGAGACAACUCUCAGCCCGAGAGCGAAUUGGAAUUGUACGAGCGGUUUUUGGAAGAUAUCCAAGCUCGGGAACGAGAGACUUCCCAUGAUUCUGUGCCGAGUCCUAUGCUUAGUGCUCUGUUCGAAAAACGGCGCGAGCAGGAUGCGGUUGACGAGCAUCAGCGACAGCUGACAUCGGAUCCCGAGCAAGGUAAUGAUGAUACGGAAAGUUGGCUGGAUCUUGUCUCGGGCGGCAACCGAAAGUCUGUACCUGAGACUCAGCCGGCAUCCCAGAGCGCUUCACCGUUUGUUGUUUCCACUACGACUCGAACUGAGCGUGUACGUCAUCCUGAUGGCUCUGUCGAGAUCAAGAGGGUUCGGACGAAACGCUUUGAAGAUGGCCGUGAAGAGACCGAGUCGUUUGUUGAUACUAUGCGCCCGAGGCAGGAUACUGGCGAGGAACAGUCUUCUGAACAGAACCCCCAAUCGAAGAAUGGUUGGUUCUGGAAGGAUUGA